AUGAGUCUUGGAAACAUUGAGACACGUCUUCACAUUAAUGGGGAAUGGAUUCCUGGAAAAUCCGGCAGGACAUUCCCAGUGUUUAACCCCACAACUGAGGAAAAGAUCGUCGAUGUCCACGAAGCAGACGAGCGCGAUGUAGAUCUAGCAGUCCAAGCAGCCGCGGCUGCGUUCACGGCAUGGAGAGACCUGUCUGUGUUUGAGAGAAUAUCAAAGUGCCUCAAGUUGGCUGAACUCAUUGACCGGGACAAGAAUGAGAUUGCGCAGCUAGAAGCAUCAAACAUGGGAAUACCGAUAUCAUCCUAUUUGCCAUGCAUAUCCGGCGCCAUCGACGGUAUCAAACAUGCGACUGGUUUAGCACACGAUAUCCACGGAGAAACAAGCUUGAACACUCCGGGGUUUGUGACCUUUACUCUACGACAGCCCUUUGGCGUUUGUGCAGCCAUUAUUCCUUGGAACGUGCCCAUCGUUAUGUGGUGCGGUAAGGUGAUUCCGUGCGUGGUGGCAGGAAACACCAUUGUGUUGAAGUCUUCAGAGAAAGCACCUUUGACAUCCCUGAAGUUCGCAGCCCUAGCAGCCGAAGCUGGCUUCCCUCCAGGUGUCGUCAAUGUGCUGUCUGGGUUUGGUCAUACGGCCGGGCAUGCAUUGUCAAGCCACAUGCAGAUUCGCAAGAUCUCCUUCACAGGUUCGACUCGCGCGGCGAAAAUGGUCAUGGAGGCGGCCGUAAAGAGUAACAUGAAGAGAGUCUGUGUCGAAACCGGAGGCAAGAAUCCAGCCGUCAUUUUCGACGAUGCAGAUUUAGAAAAGGCCGCCGAGUCUGUCGCAGCCAGCAUCAAGUUCAACUCUGGACAGAUAUGCGUUUCAAACUCGCGGAUAUAUGUUCAAAGAGGAGUAUUCACCAAGUUUGUGGACACUUUUAAGCCUAAAUUUCUGGAUAUCACUGUGGGCGACCCGUCUCUUGAAUCGACAAACUUCGGUCCACAAGUAGAUAAGGCACAGUUUGACAAUAUUCUCACACUUAUUGAUGAGGCAAAGCACGACGGUGCUUCCUUAAUCUCAGGAGGUUGUCGAGCCAAGGAUAAAGGCUAUUAUAUCCAGCCUACGAUCUUCGUUCAAGUUCCAAAAAGUGCGAACAUUCUGAAAACGGAAGUCUUUGGGCCAGUUGUUGCCAUCCAGCAGUUUGACACGGAAGACGAAGUGAUAGCGGAGUGUAACGACACGCAGUAUGGUCUCCAUGGUACCGUGUUCACACGAGACGUGUCGCGGGCGUUUCGGCUAGUGAAGGCCUUUGAGGCGGGUAUGAUCACGGUGAACUGCAGCAGUGAAGCGGGUCCGUAUGACCUGCCCUUUGGUGGCUGGAAAGAGUCCGGCACUGGCAGAGAGAACGGUCGCAUGGGGCUGGAAUCGUAUUAUGAAGUAAAGUCGGUGACUCUAAGGCUUUAG